GAGACUGAGGACGCUAGCGGAGCGGGCCGCUGCUCCCCGAGCUCCCGCGCACGCGCAGUGAGCCUCGUCUGCCCGACCUUCAAGGUUCCACCAUGUUCUCGCGGGCGAGUAUUGUCGGGCUGUCGGCCUGCUCCUUGCAGCCGCAAUGGAUCCAAGUUCGAAACAUGGCAACCCUGAAAGACAUUACCAGGAGACUGAAGUCCAUCAAAAACAUCCAGAAGAUUACCAAGUCUAUGAAGAUGGUGGCAGCAGCGAAGUACGCCCGGGCCGAGCGGGAGCUGAAGCCAGCUCGAGUGUAUGGGACAGGCUCCUUCGCUCUGUAUGAGAAGGCUGAGAUUAAGGGACCUGAGGACAAGAAGAAGCACCUCAUUAUUGGUGUGUCCUCGGAUCGAGGCCUUUGUGGUGCUAUUCAUUCCUCGGUGGCUAAACAAAUGAAGAAUGACAUGGCUGCCCUCACAGCAGCUGGGAAAGAAGUUAUGAUUGUUGGAAUUGGUGAAAAAAUCAAGAGCAUACUUUAUAGGACUCACUCUGAUCAGUUUUUGGUGUCCUUCAAAGACGUGGGGCGGAAGCCCCCUACUUUUGGAGAUGCAUCGGUCAUUGCCUUGGAGUUGUUAAAUUCGGGAUAUGAAUUUGAUGAAGGCUCUAUUAUCUUUAAUCAGUUCAAGUCUGUUAUCUCCUACAAGACAGAAGAGAAGCCCAUCUUCUCCUUCAGUACUGUCGUGGCUGCUGAGAACAUGAGCAUUUAUGAUGACAUUGAUGCUGACGUGCUGCAGAAUUACCAGGAAUACAACCUGGCCAACAUCAUCUACUACUCCCUGAAGGAGUCCACCACCAGUGAGCAGAGUGCCAGGAUGACUGCCAUGGACAACGCCAGCAAGAAUGCCUCUGAUAUGAUUGAUAAGUUGACGCUGACUUUCAACCGCACCCGCCAGGCCGUCAUCACAAAGGAGCUGAUAGAGAUCAUCUCCGGGGCUGCUGCUCUGGAUUAAUGAGAAUCAAGUUGCAUCCUCAGACAAGAGGUGAAGAAGGAAAACGCAGCUGAUUUUAACUGAUUGCUGUCCUUGUUGAAGAAACUUGGUCCACUGAGUCACAAAGACAGCAGGAUGUUUGUAAAUUAUCUUACAAUAAACAACUUACAAUGAGAAAUUCAGUCUUACUAUUAAUAAAGUUCUCAGAAGGA